GACAUUGGAGCUGGUCUUGGUGGUUCCAUCUUAAGAAGACACUUAAUCGACGGUGCUGCUGGUAUUGGAGCUGAUGCUGAUCUCUUAGGAGCUGUCUCUGCUGGUGCCGGAAUUGGUGCUGGUGGCUCUAUCUUAAAGAGAUCUUUAGCUAGUGGUGGUAUUGCUGCUGGUGUUGGUGCCGAUGUCUUAGGUAGCACUGCCGAUAUUGGAGCUGGUCUUGGUGGCUCCAUCUUAAGAAGACACUUAAUCGACGGUGCUGCUGGUAUUGGAGCUGAUGCUGAUCUCUUAGGAGCUGUCUCUGCUGGUGCCGGUAUUGGUGCCGGUGGCUCCAUCUUAAAGAGAGAGGAAGAAGAAAAGAGAUCUUUAGCUAGCGCUGGUAUUGCUGGCGGUGUUGGUGCCGAUGUUUUAGGUAGUAGUGCUGAUAUCGGUGCUGGUGCUGGAGCAUCUGUUUUAAAGAGAGAUGUUGGUUUCUUUGAAAAACUUAGAAGCGGUGUUUCUGGUGCUGGUCAAAGCAUUUUAAGUAAAUUUACUGGAUCUGUUCCAAGAGCUUCAUUCACUGUUUCUGAUGUUGCUUGGGUUGAAGGUGAUUUAUUUAAAGUGACUAUUAACUUCGAAACUGUUGAAGCUGCUAAACUUUUUGCUAAAUUCCAAGAUGAAUUGAAAUCUCUUUCUGUUGGUGGUGUCGGUGAUGAUGGUUCUGACCAACUCUUAUGGGAUGGUAGUUCCAACAGUAAAAUUGACAACUUUGCUAAAUGGUCUUCUACUGUUUUAGUUAAAGCAUCUAAACACAACAAUCUUUACUGUUUACCAGAUGACUUUGCCAUCAAGUUUGAUUGGACUGCUCAAGAUGCAAGUGAAUUACAUUCUCUCUGGAGUAAAUACUUUGAUACCACUUAUGAAUACACCUUCUCAAAAGACUUUGGUACUACUUCAAAGAAACAAAACAAUAUAAAAGUUGAAAAAAGAUGCUUAGAACACGCUUCAGGUAAUUCUACUGAAGCUGAUGCUCAAUUUGAUACCUCCGUUUUGAAUGAAUGGAAAACUAGUACUAAUGUCUUACCAAACUUCUGCUGGCCAAGUCACUGUUCUGCUUAA